AUGAAAGUGCUGGGAGUUCUGUUCAUUUCGGCCUGCUUGGUGGCGGCCUUCGAAAAGCCCGUGCCCGUGAAGGACAUGCCCGUGGAUAAGAGGAUAAACGGACGUAUCACCAACGGCUAUCCUGCCUACGAGGGAAAGGUGCCCUAUGUGGUGGCUCUGCGAUUCGAGAGCGGAAACGGCGGCUGGAACUGCGGCGGCUCGAUCAUUGGCCACGAGUGGGUCCUCACCGCCGCCCACUGCACCUACGGAGCCAGCUACGUGACCAUCAGCUACGGCGCCGUGUGGCGCCACCAGCCGCAGUUCACCCACGUCUCCUCGGAGAUGAUGCACCACCCCGACUACGACAACGGAAGCGACAUCGCCCUGAUCAAGACCCCCCAUGUGGACUUCUGGUCCCUGGUCAACAAGGUGGAGCUGCCCACCUACGACGAUCGCUACAACAACUUCUACGGCUGGUGGGCCCUGCUCUCCGGAUGGGGCGCUACCUCCGAUACCAGCGGCAUGACUGACUACCUCAACUGCGUGGACAUCCAGAUUUCCGACAACGACGUGUGCCUGAACUACUACGGCAGCCACUUCAUCACCCCCAACCACCUGUGCUACGCCACACCAGAGAACAAGGGCUCCUGCGGCGGAGACUCCGGCGGUCCGCUCGUCCUCCACGACGGCAACCGCCAGGUGGGCAUCGUCUCCUUCGGCUCCGUCGAGGGUUGCCUUUCCAACAGCCCCAAGGGAAUGACUCGUGUGUCCAGCUACUUGGACUGGAUCCGCGACAACACGGGCAUUUCCUACUAAUAAAAUCCGCC